AUUAGAUGCUACAUAAUCACUAUUAGAGAAUGAAUAAUCAGUAUUGUAAGUCAAUAGUGAUUAUUGCCUUUCCAAUAGUUCAUUUCUGUAAGGGCCGACUGCAUUUGACGUCAUCUGUAAUAGAUUGGCGCCGGCAGAUCCGUACACAGUAAGUUUUGAUACCUUAAUCGUCAGUCUGUCUUAAUUUUACGCUCCAGAGCCACUAAAGAUAGCCAAAAAUUUUCGUUUUUACCAACGUAAACAACAAGAAAACGAAAACAUUAAAAACUACAGUCGCUCUACACAAAUUAAGUGUCCAUUGUAAGUCUGGCUGAAUUUUACGCUCCAGAGCCACUAAAGAUAGCCGAAAAUUUUCGUUUUUACCAACGUAAACAACAAGAAAACGAAAACAUUAAAAACUACAGUCGCUCUACACAAAUUAAGUGUCCAUUGUAAUUUUGGAAAUUAUCUCAAAACCGCUUUACGAAACCAGUUCGUUUUCGGGUUGGCGAGCCGGCGAGCUCAGUUCUGAUUGUUGGAGAUGAGGGAUCUCACAUUUGAUAAAGCUGUGCAGGUGGCUACAGCCAUGGAAUUAUCCGAGAAGGAUACGCAGCAACUUCAAUCCGGAUCAACAGCGGUGGUCAAUUACAUGGGCGUUAAGAAAAAGAAGCCACAGAAGAAAGUUUCUUCCAAGAAGAAGCCGUUUACAAAAGUUACAAAACCAGGAACCAAUGCAGUGCAAUCUAAUACAAGUAAAGGUCGUGAGAACACAAUUUCUAAUGUAUUGUGUUUCAGAUGCGGAGGUAAACAUUUAGCGAAUAAAUGUACCUUAGAUAGGAACAUCAAAAAAUGUAAUAAAUGCGGCACGCCAGGCCACUUACAAAAGAUGUGCAUGGGAGCGAAGCGAGCGACCAUGAACCAAGUCGAGGAAGUAUUUCUGCUAGAGCACAACGAUUAUCGAGAUAAAUUUUUCGAGACUCUUAUAGUAGACGGCAUACCUUUGCGUUUUGAGGUAGAUAGCGGUGCCGCACUUACGAUAAUACAAAAUAGACAAAUACGGGUUACAUAAAACUUCAGAAAAGAUCCAGGCCAGUGAUCAAAUGCCGAGACCGAAAAAUGUUACAGAAGUACGUUCUUUCCUAGGUAUAGUAAAUUAUUACGGACAUUUUAUUAAGAAUUUAAGUUCAAUUUUAGCACCUUUACAUAAAUUAUUACAGAAAGAGGCUCGUUUUAAUUGGAACAAUAAUUGUGAGCAGUUUCUUUCGAAAAAGCAAAAGAGCAUUUUAAAAGUGAUACGGUACUCGCGCAUUUUUACCCCAAGCUUUCAUUGAUCCUGGCUACGGAUGCUAGUCCUUACGGUGUAGGCGCUGUUCUAUCACACCGUUACCCGGAUGGUACAGAGCGAGUUUUGCAGUACGCGUCGCAAUCACUGUCAAAUACGCAACAACGUUAUACACAGAUUCAAUACACAGAACCAAUACAGAAUAACCUGGAAAACGUGGAAAAUAACAUUCCGCAGGAAGAAGAAGGAAUUCCUGAGCAGGAACCAGGAACAUUUCAACCAGCUCAAGAAGUUAGAACUCGACGAGAGUUGCCAGCAAGAGAAAGAAAACCACCCUCUAGAUUUGCUGAUUUUUAUAUGAACUUCUUUAGAAAGUAAUUUUUGUUAUACGAGGGGGAAAGAUGUUAUAUAAUUCAUGGUUUUGUAAUUCGCGCCUAAAACAAGUUACUUUUGGUAGAGAAGGCA